AUGCCAGACUCGUCGCCCAUUGAGGAGUUGCCGCCCUUGACUGACCAAGAUAUCAACAUCCUCUUCCAGAUUGUCAGCGACGCGCAACAAUCCCCGGACCCUCCAGUCAAAGCUCUCUUCGCCGCAUACGACAAAGUUCUCGCCGACCAUGGAAUCGCUCAAGAACAUGAUCAGCGCUUCUUCCGCUGGGUCUUGCGCCUGGGCGAGGGUGGCUCCCACAGUUCCCGAUCCUUGAUGCUCAAGUUGCGCAAAUUGCUUGCCAAACUAGACAUUCACAUUGUUGUACAGGACGAUCAAAAUGCCAUUGAAGACGAAGAAGUCGACUUGUCUCCAGACGAUGUUCAAGAGCUAGGACAAAGCAGUGCGACAAGAAGUCGAAGGGCAAGCUUCAAUGACACCAGGUUAGAUGAGACUUGGGUCAGUGGUGGAAGAGUUGACGCUGUUGGAUCGAAACACAGCCUACACGCUUCGUUUGACGACUUGUCGCGCACACGAAGACCCUCGGCCAAUGCGCCCCCUGCCCAAAACGGUGCGUCCUUUCGAGGCAGAAUCUCAACCCAGCAUCAGACACAACCACGCAGAAGCCACUCUCUGUCGACUCAAGGUAGUGUCAGAGCUACCCGCCCGCCAGCUCCCGAACCCUGGACUCGUUACCCACCUCCAAUGGACCAUCAGAAUGGCAUGACAGACGAUGAGACCGAGUCCGAUAUCCCCAGCUCUCCGCCACCCUUGCCGUCUCACUACCAACCUGCGCCUCAGCACGUUGAAUCUGUCGAGGCAGAGCUUACCUACGAAGCCGAGGCCUUUUACCAUACUUCACAAAUCAAAACCGCGCGACGAUGCCUCCAUCAGCUGUCUCUGGAGUGCUCGCGCCUCCAGCACAUGGCCCGCAUUGCUCAAAAUCACGAUCAGCGUCUUCUCAAAACACAAGCUUUCAGCAUCUGGGCCGCAAAACUACUAGACAAGCGUCAGGCUGCCGAAACCGAACAGUUCUUUGAGCAAUAUGAGCGCAGAGCAACUCGUGCACGAGACCUCUUCCUACUGAACAAGGCUUUUACACAUUGGGCCCAGUCUACAAGCGACGAGGUUGCCAGGACAUCUGUUGCUAGAAGACACAUUCUGCGCACUCGCUACUUCAAUGCAUGGCGUGACAUUACAGCCGUCAACGAUCUCAAGUGUCGUCGCUUGGGUUUGCGCAAAUGGCUCUCAGUGUGGAGAUCAAACGCUGCCCGCAAAGCCGUCGACAAUGAACGUGCCGUUGCUAUAUAUGAAGAGAAUCUUGUUCAGAAAACUUGGUGGAAGUGGUUCUGGGCUUUCUGCGAGCGCAAAGCUCCUGUGUGGCAUGAUCAUCGUACUAAACAGUCUUGUCUCCACCGCUUGACCGGUGCUGUGACACGUCUUCAACAGCAUGGAGCCGCAGCGACACAUAUGCGGAACACCAAUCUCCUCAAAAAGACGUUUGGAGCUUUGGUCGCCCGCCGUACUGCCAUCCAGUCGCUGGAACGAAAUGCGGAGGAGGUUCACCGAGCAAAUCUAGUGAACAACUGUUUCCAUCACAUGGUACAAGAAUCCAAAAUGGGACAUGCAUCCAAAGAGAUGUCAAUUGUUGUAUCGAGACGACUGCUCACCACAGCUGUCUCUGUUUGGCAACUCAACACCCAGCUCUCUCACCAAGCCACCAUUGCGGAUCGCCGACGCAUCCUCCACAAUGCAUGGACGAAUUGGAAUGAUAAUCUGCGAGCUCGUGCACUCGUCACGAAGAUCAAUGAUAGAAUCGUACUUGAGAACCUCUACAAGUGGGUCUUACAGUCUCGAUUCGCUCUCUUCCGACGUGUCAUGGACAGUAGAUUGCAAGAACGUGCGCUGCAGACUUUGAGUUUGAGACUCAUCGAGCAGCGUUUCCAUCUCGAAGAGGCGGCGAUGAUCUUCAAUGAACACAAGCGUAGGCGUACUUUGGCUUCUGUGAUGCUGAGAUUGCACGGUAUCUCACGAGCAGAAGAGAUGAUGGAACGACAAGCAAUCGAAUUCAGGAAUACACGCGUUAUGAACGCCGUGUUGCCCGUCUGGAUUCAGCGCACGAAGCAUUUGAUGAAGCUCGACCGCUGGUCAAACGAUGCUAGAUUCUACUGUUCAGCUAGUGGAACCAUCAAGAAGUGGAAGGACGCUACUUCAGAGGCACAACGUCACAAACGAAGGGACGCCUAUGUUCAAAUCCGCGCUCGCGUCAAGCUACGUAUGGUUCGCGAUUGUUUUGCUGCUUGGAGGGGAAGAGCGACUGUGGUUACGCAGCUUGAGGCCACUGCCGUUGAGCAUGUCAAUAAUCGGCAUAUCAACGCUGGCACCGCCAUCUUCAAUUUGUGGCGUGGCAAAGCUCAACAGAACAACGACCUCUCCAUUCAAGCCGAAGAGUUUUCUGCACGCCUUCUCUUCCUCCGCACAAUUGCCACUUUGGUAUCUAAAGGGCAAGAAGUCUUGCUUCACCACACGCAAGCUCUAACACUCCGCUCUCAGACCGUCGACUUACUCGCUACUGGCACACUCNNAAAAAAACUCAAGUGGGCUCUCUUCUGCCAUCGACGUAAUCUGGACUCUGCAGCAGCACUUGAGCAACGCAACUCCCGACAACACCGUAGGAACAUGUUGAGGUACUGGGCUGAGCAAGCUUCAAGGCGAAAGGCUGCCAGGACUUUGCCGCGUCCAUUAGAUCCUCAACAGGAUGAUGUGCCCGAUUCUCCUACAAAGGCACCAUCGCCAACCACAGCUCAUACACCUGCUCCAGUCCCUCUUCCGCCUUCUUCGAAUCUGUUCAGCAGUCUCAGAUUACCGUCAGCACGCAAGACGCCUGCUCCGUUGUCAGCACAAAGCAGACUUGCCCCUCUCCUUGAUGGUGAUGAGGAAGAGUCAGAUAUUGAAGAGAUGGACUUUGGUGCCACUCAUCGCGCUGAAGAAUGGACAUCUUUCGACGUUCUGAGAAACGUCAUGAAUCGACCACAGCCACAGUUCCAACCACACCAACCUCAAUAUCAAGCACCGCCGCGAUUUGACAGUGCAGUGACCUCGACUCCAAUUCCUGGAUACAUGGCUCGUACUCCUAGCAAGCGCAGCCAACGAGCGAAAGCACUCUCCGCCAUUCCAUCAAAUAAAUCAAUGCGCAGAGAAGUCGUCGUCUCCACCACUCCAGCACCCACUCGAAGUAACAAUGAGGUCAAAACGCCCAUAGUCACGCCCUUUGAACGCAAGAUGAGAAAAGGUGGAUAUGGUAAUUCGACAGGAAGUGGCGGUGGUGUGGAACUAGCUGAAGAGAGUUUUACUCCCGCUACAUUCAGACGCACGAGGUUUGGAGGAUCGCCUGGCCUUGGUGGUGUAAAUGGGAGUGCAGCGCAGCAGACAGGACGGAGUGUUAGGUUUUUCGAUGUUGAGGACGUCAAGGAGGAUUUAGAUGAUGCGAAGUGA